UAAUCGCCAAGCUAUCCGUAGCCCAUCCUCGCCCACUGCCGGCUCCCCCCGUCGGGCCCAACUUCUGUGGCUCCCCUUCUUCGUCUUCUCUCUCCCAACCGCUUCGCCCGAAGCCCUCGCUGCUGUCCCUUUGGAUCGCUUCGGCCUUCGUUCUCUCCUUCCCUCUUCCACGCUCGAAUAUGUUUAAAAAGUUCUCCUUUGAAGAUAUAUCUGCACAAAACCAAGUUAAGGCAUCUGUACAGCGGAAGAUUCGACAAAGUAUUGCUGAUGAGUACCCUGGCCUUGAACCUUUGUUAGAUGACCUACUUCCAAAGAAAUCACCUCUAAUUGUUGCAAAAUGCCAAAAUCAUCUGAAUCUUGUCGUGGUGAACAAUGUACCACUGUUUUUCAAUGUUCGAGAUGGUCCUUACAUGCCAACUUUGCGGCUUCUUCAUCAAUAUCCAGAAAUAAUGAAAAAGUUUCAAGUGGAUCGAGGUGCGAUAAAAUUUGUUCUUUCUGGUGCUAACAUCAUGUGCCCUGGUCUUACAUCCUCUGGUGGCAUUUUGGAUGAUGAAGUGUCGGAGGAAACCCCUGUGGCUAUAAUGGCUGAAGGAAAACAACAUGCUUUGGCAAUUGGAUAUACAAAAAUGUCGGCAAAAGAUAUUAGGACUGUCAACAAGGGAAUUGGAGUUGAUAAUAUGCACUAUCUAAAUGAUGGCCUCUGGAAGAUGGAACGCUUAGAAUGAGGGCUUACUGAGGACAAGUAAGAAUGCUGCCAGAAGGGUUUUUCUCCGGUGAAGCAACUAUCCUUAUAAAGGAAGGUCUUAACUAGGAAUGAGGAAUAUGAAGUUCGACAGAUGCCUUGGAGAGCCACCACCGCAAGAUAUUACAUGGCUUCCAAAAAAACUUGUACCUUCAGUUUUUAUGCAGAGGAUAUUGUGUCGUGCUAUUAUUAUGUUUAUGGCUGAUUACAUCAAUUAUGAAGCAUGUAGUUUGUAGAAAUUUACUCGGGAGUCUCCUAUUUAUGUUUUUAAUAACAAUUACAUUGCAUCA